AUGCCAGGAGUCGGUGUCAGGAGACUUGGAAGGAAAUUGAAGAAAUCGAUUGCUAUCGGGUUCUCACGGGAUGGAAAUUUUGUUUGUGCUGUGCUAGAAAAUUUGCGACUGGUGCUUUGGGAACGGGAAACGGGAGAGAGAUUCCUCCUCACUCCCCCUCUUGCAGGAGGACGAGAUGGUCCCCUCCUUGACAUAAGAGUCAGUGUAUCCAACGAUGGAAGAAGUGUGGCACUGCACGCAUGCCCACACGGCAGCGACAGGUUGCGGAGGAGGAGUUCCCCGCCAGUUUGGAUCUUCGUGAGAGAUGAGAAGCAACGAGACUCGACCCAUGUCAAAGAAGAGCAGCAAGACGAUGAAAACUUGUUGCAUGAGCCCUCGUGCAAGCCCGGGCGACUGCUGGGAUCUUGGGUCAUGUUGAGCACUGACAGUUUUAAAGAUCAGAUCGAGCAUGUUCUCUUCGACUUGUUCGACUUGAGCUCCUUCGAUGCGGAGAGCCUCGUGCGAGGCUGGAACGUCUGUCAAGUCUCCUUGACCUGCCAUCGAUUUGAGUUCGUUCGCAACAUGGUCGAACAGGAGGAUGCUCUCAGGGAUUCGCCGACUCAGAGGGAAUGCGCUGAUGAAAUGUUGUGCAAGCUGAGAUUGAAGGGCUCGAGGUUUGUGUGGAUGGACUGGAGUCUUGUUGAUGGUUCAGAGAUAGAUGAGAGCAAACGAGAGGAUUUCAACCUGGAGUUGGAUGUCUUGCUCAAUCGCUCCAAUGUGAUCAAGCAACAUUUGCAACACAGACACGAUCGCGGCAAACACUCGCCCUGGGGGCAGAAGAGCAUGCAGGAGGUUGUAAAGGUCAUGACAGGGGGGGAGGAUAGCCAUGAGGGAGGUCACAAGAAGGAUGAUGCUCAAGCAGGUCCAGCGCAUGUCAGGCCCCUCAUCCUCCGAUGGGACCCUACGGGGUGGAGGGCAGCGAUAGUGAUGAACAUGUACAGUGAUGGAGAAGCAGACCCUCUGAUCCUCUUGGUCUCUCGUGCCGGCAGAAAGUUGAAGCUCGACCGGUCGAUCCCACCAGACUCUCUGUUGGAACCGAACCGAUCGGCCAUCGCCGAUGUUGCAUGGAGCAAGAGUGGGAUAUUUCUCCUCCUCAUCACGGUAGACGCCAGGAUCUUUGUUCUCUCUAGAGAUGGUCAGCCUGUGCAGAUCGUCUGUCAAAGGCAUCCUGCCCUACAUCCCUCCGCGCGCAACCGCAUGGAGAGCUGCAAUGCCCUGAUGGAGAGGAGGGCGAUGAAUGUGAACUCUCCCUGGGGAACUAUGGCGAAGGAUCAUCACAGGGAGCGGCAAGGGACUUACAUUCUUGAUCUUUCCUCCUCCUUCAAGAGCAGCUCCUUCUGGGGUUCGCACCUGGCUGCCAUGAUCUAUUCGCAUCCACAGGAUACUGGCCUUUCCCUGUGCUCGCACAGCUCUCUCCCGUACCUUUGCAUCACAGACGGGUUUCAGCUGAUCGUUGUAAAGCUCUCUGAGUCUUCUACUGAGACGAUCUUGUCAGGGAUCUUGGAAGAAAGCGUCUUCCUCGAGAGGAUGUUCGCUCACGACGCCUCCCUCUCAGCCCUCUCCUUCUUCCUCAGUUUUCCUAGGUCUCAUCUCCGACCCGGAGAUUUUAUGCAGAUGCGCAAGUGUAUCCGAUUACUCGCAUCGAACUUGAAGAAUUCGAGUGAAAGUCUUGACGAGGAAUCCCUCGCGUACGCUGGCAAGUUGCUCUUCUCAGCUGUCGAUCUCAUCCUGCGCAGUCUGAGAGAGAGCAAGCAAGUUCUGUCUGGUUCCAACGUGCCUCAAGGUUGCUGCGUUGAGCCGCCGAAGGAGGUGGUAGGCAGCGAUGCUGAGCUGUUAGAGAAGAAGAUCAAACCUUGUGUCUCCUCCACCAACUCCUUCCAUGUUGUCACCAUCCCGCCGUCGGACGAGGACACUGAGACGCAGGACAGUAACACAGAGAGCCCUAUCAACGUCCUCAAGCCUGCCGCUGAUGUUGGAGAAGACAACUUGCAGACGGGCCAGCAGCAUGAGAGUGAAAGCUCGUCCCUCCUCCAGUCAGAGACCAGGAGGCUGCAGCACACGACAGCUGGACAAGCGCGUAUUGCCUUGUUCCAACAACUCCUCGUCGUCGGCAAGUUCCGGGAGGCCAUGAUCAUGUUGGUCCUGCUGGGGAAGUUCUGUGUGGUGAGAGCACACAAGCAGGCGGCUCUCUGGUUGCGGUUGGCGGCUGCGGUCCAUCGCGUCUUGGCAGUCGAGGAGCAGACGAACCAGCACGAGGCUACAGACGAGCGCCAAGUGCUGAGGAGCAUCUGCCUUGUUGCCAUGGCGAAAGCUUCGAAGAUGGAGGAAGGAGGUCUCGCUCGGGAGGCUGGUGGGGGACAGAACCAGCUGACUCCGUCGAUCAACCAUGCGGGUAAGAGGAUCGAGCGACUGGUCCAUGGCGGCGGCACCAAGAUGAAGAAGGUGGCGAGUAGCGACGCACAGACUUCAUGCCUGGAGCGGAUGCUCUCUCCUUCCCGCAGGAAUAACCGCUUCUCUUCUCGACGUGGGGGAGAUCCCAGCAACGUGCGGAGCAGCUCAGAGCCUCCGCGGAGGGCCGUGCUGGGAGGAAGCGAAUACUCUGUACGAGGACACGGACUCAGCAGCCUCACGCCCCAAGUCAGCAGGAACAGAGCAGGUGGAGAUCAUCUCGAUGGCGGGGAAGAGACGUACCGCAGUCGCUCCAUCGAUGUCAGUCGGAUGUGCUGCAGGAGGAAGAGUGAGGAAGUACCGGAAGCAACCAACGAGCCAUCGGACACGAGCUGCUUGGACGUGGACGGCACCUCUCCGCAGGUCGGGGUCAGUCCGUCUCAUCAGCAGCAGUCAGCGUCUCCGAGCUGGCGAACUCCGAGCCGAGACGCUUCACUCCAGGAGAAAAAGGAUAGCCUUGCAGCUCGCCGGCCUCUGUUUGCCUUCGACACAGAGUCAGCGCUACUGGUGGGACGAGCUUCUCAGCUAUUAGACGAAAGCUGCACGUCGGAAGAGAACAUGACGCCAGCCAAGAGCUCGACACAUGCUGAGUACGAUAGUCCUUGGACGUGA